CCGACAUAUAUUUCCGAAGACCUCUGUUACGAUCACGACCUAUAAAACCAGCGAGGCAAAGGACAAGUAGACACCAUCACCCUUAGCUCACCAGAUCGAGGAAAUGGCUACCUUCGGCAAAGCCACCUUCAACGCGGCGAGGUACGCCUCGAGUCGGCCCACAUACCCCCGUCAGCUGUACGACUUCAUCUUCAAGUACCACGAGCGCGCUAAAGGCGCACGCUGGGACCUCGCGAUCGAUGUCGGAUGCGGAACCGGUCAGGCGACCGUCGAGCUCACGCCGUUCAAGCGCGUGAUAGGCUUGGACCCGAGCGCGAAGAUGAUCGAGCAGGCGCGGGAGAGCGUCAGGACGCGCCUCGCAGGCCUGGACCUGUCGACGCAGAUUGAGUUCGAGCAGUCGUCUGCGGAGGAGCUCAAGCCUCUGCAGGACGGCAGCGUGGAUCUGCUCACUGCAGCGCAAGCAUGCCACUGGUUCAACUGGGAUAGAUUCUGGCCGGAAGUCGCGCGCGUGCUGCGCAAGGACGGAACGCUAGCUGUCUGGGGCUACUCCGAGUUCCGCCUCUCGCGCUACCCCACCGCGACGAAGCUGAUCAACCAGUACAUGCAAGGCAGCGACCCGAAGAACUCCCUCGGGCCGUUCUGGGAGCGUCCCGGCCGGACGAUCCUCGACAACCACCUGCUCGACGUCCCCGCGCCCGAGGCCGUCGCCCCGGGCCAGUUCAGCGCGUUCGAGCGCGUGUUCUUCGCGGGGGCGCACGACCCCGCGCUGCCGGACCCGCGCCCGGUGAUCCUGCGCAAGACGCUGACGUGGGACGAGCUGCGGGGGUACUUCUACACGGCGAGCGCGCUGCACACGUUCGCGGAGCAGAACCCCGAGGAUGCGCAGCGUGCGGACGGGGACCUCGCGACGCGCUUCCAGAGGAGCCUGAAGGAGGAGGUGGCUCGCGUGGACGGCAAGGGGCUUCCCAAGGACGAGGACACGGUUGACAUCGAGUGGCCCUUGACACUCAUUCUCGCAAGGAGGGCGUGAGAAUGAUCUGCGAGGAGUUGACACUCUUCGUGCGGGGCUCCGCGUUAGACAUCUUCUGACAUCCUAUGUUUUGCACCAAGCAUGCGUGGCUCUGGUUGCCUAACGGCGCCUUGACCCGUUUGAGAGCGGAACGCCGAUUUCGAGGAUGAGCUUCACAUGCAAUUCACGUCCCUGAUGAGAAGGAUCGUCUUCCGGCUUCUGCGGGGGCCGAGGCAUCGAUGCC